ACGUCAGGCGGCUUUGGGUUCAUUCCCUGGCACGAGGACUUUAUUUUCAUAACAGCACGCCGCGUCGCGGGACUGGAAUGGGCGUGUCCUCUCCCCCCGGCCCCCUCCCUGCCCCGGGCCCUUCGCUCCCGCCCACGGGCCACACCGCCCUUAUAACCGCAGGGCGCCGCGAGGCCGGGAUCGCCGCCCGCGGCUCCCGCAGCUCCCAGGGGCUCCUCCCGGCUGCUCGCAGGCGCGGGAAGUCGCGCAGGUUCGCGCCUCAGCGAAGGCACCAGGGUUCUCCCAGGCAGAGGCUGUCUAGCUCUGGGGAGUUUGUGUUCCCGAAUGCCGAUCGGUUUCCUUUUCCCCCUCAAGCCCUGCUCUCCAACAGUCCUUUCAGCUUCUCAGAACUCUGUCCUUUUCCCCUCGCCACAUUCCUCAUCUCAGCCACCUCCUGGGCAGCCCAGCACCUUCUCAGUAAAGACCUGCUUGGUGGACGAGAAUGGCCGCCACAGCCCCCAGUGGCUGCCGCUCGGGUCUGGAGGCCAGGUACUAUAGACUCUGUGAUACCAACCAAGUUUGGGGCAUCGUCCUAGAAGCGGUGGCUGCAGCGGGGGCCGUGACCUCGGUGGCCUUUAUGCUGGCGCUGCUGAUCCUCAUCUGCAAGGUGCAGGACUCCAACCGGCGGAAAGCGCUCCCGACCCAGUUCCUCUUCCUCCUGGGUGUGCUGGGCCUCUUCGGCCUCACCUUCGCGUUCAUCAUCACGCUGGACGGCAGCACCGGAACCACGCGCUUCUUCCUCUUCGGCGUCCUCUUCGCCCUGUGCUUCUCCUGCCUCCUGGCUCACGCCUUCAGCUUGACGAAGCUGGUCCGUGGGAGGAAGCCCCUGUCCUUGCUGGUGAUGCUGGGCCUGGCCGUGGGCUUCAGCCUGGUGCAGGACGUCAUUGCGAUUGAGUACGUCGUCCUCACCGUGAACAGGAGCAAUGUCGCAAUCUUCUCUGAGCUUCCUGCCUCUAGGCGCAAUGAAGACUUCGUCAUGCUUCUCAUCUAUGUGCUCUUCUUGAUGGCGCUGACCUUCCUCACGUCCAGCUUCACCUUCUGUGGGUCCUUCUCUGGCUGGAAGAGACACGGGGCCCACAUCUACCUCACCACUCUUCUCUCCAUGGCCAUCUGGGUGGCGUGGAUCACCCUGCUCUUGGUUCCUACCCCGGGCCCCAAGUGGGAUGACACCAUCCUCAGCUCAGCCUUGGUUGUCAAUGGCUGGGUUUUCCUGUUGGUUUAUGUUGUACCUGAAUUUCAGCUACUCACAAAGCAACAGAACCCAAUGGAUUAUCCUGUUGAGGAUGCUUUUUGUAAACCUCAACUCAUGAAGCAGAGCUAUGGUGUGGAAAACAGAGCCUACUCUCGAGAGGAAAUCACACAAGGUCUCGAAGAGCUGGGUGACACGCUCUAUGCCCCCUAUUCCACCCAUUUUCAGCUGCAGAAUCGGGCCACCCAGAAGGAUUUCUCCAUCCCGCGGGCCCACACUCGGGCCAGCCCCUACGGCGACUAUGAAGGACGGAAAGAGGGCAGCUAGCUCUUCUGAAGAGUGGGACAUGCAAGUCAGCGGGACCGGCAGGGAAUUUAAAGGGACGUGGGCUAAACCCUGAGUCCAGAAACUACAAAACUGUCCAAACUAAUCUGGGAAGAGCUUCCCUUUCUGCUGACCUCAACCACUAUUCUGUUCUGGAGAUGGUGGGGGCUGACCAGCCUCCAGGGCUUAGCAGCUCUGCAGUAUUUUUCCUUUGUCCCAUAUUUAGGGUAUUUCUUUUAAGUGGGAGUCUCAGGCACCUAACUCAGGGUUUGCCUCUGACUAUUCCCCCGUCAUUCAGCCUGCGACUAAAGCUCUGGUCAGCUGACCACAUUCUGGCUCAUCCCGCUUCAGGGGCCCACUCCUCUGACUCAAGGCUGGUUUUGUGAGGAUGGCUUGGCCCAGCGCAGAACUGCAAAUCUGAGCAAAGACAGCGAAGGCCUGUCCCUGCCUGAAUCUACACUGGAAACCAACUUCCUGGCACCCUCCCGUCUUGCCUGGGUAGGAGAGGCUAAAGGUUGCCCUAAAUUUACUCAUCUCUGUGGCACUGAUUCAUAGGUCACCCAUCUCUGGAACCAUUCCCGACCUUGCUGCCCGCCGCACACUGAAUCUCCCCGAUACGCUUUCCCAGACAUUCUUCUGGACCUCAAGGGUAGUCAAGACCAAUUUCUCUCUGCCUGGAGAAUCUGGGCAGUUCUUACCAUAAAUUCCUGGCACUGAGUUUUCUCCACCCCCUUGCUCCUCAGCCUCUGUAAAUAGCUUCAUGCUGGGUUUGCCCCCUGCAUUCUAUGGGCCUGUCUAUGAAUGGGAGCUGUUCCUUAUAUUCAUAAGUUAUUCACCGUUCCUCAUGUAGAGAUGCAAUAAAGACGUGGUCACAGCAAAUCUUUCCCUGUGGUAGAGGCGGCAUUGCACACGCAGGUGAGGUGGCAGGCGCUUGUCUUCAUGUUGGUGCUGAAGUUCAAGGUUCAGUUCCACUGGGUGUGGACUUGACCCUCCUCCAGGUGUCUUUCCUUCUCCUUACAUCAGUGAUAAGUAUGCUUUCCCUCAUUUUUGGGGUGAGUGGCAAGAGUGAGAGGGGAGCCAGGAAGGGUCAUGGCUGCUGAGGUUCUGCUCCAGGACAGUGGGGGAGUGACAAGCUUGGAACGGGAUUUGGGAGCCCAGGUAAGAAGGGAGCAGACCUCAAAGCCAGAUGCAUGUUUUAUGUGAAAUUGUAGGAGGGGAUAAAUCCAUAUCCCCAUUGGACAGAAUUGGUUCAUAAUGUUUCUUGGAAAAGACAUGACUUAAUGAUUAUUGACUGAAUCCCAGAAACAGCUCUGUGGAAAUGACUCUUUGAUGAAGGAAAAGAAAAAUCCCCAGACACAAAAAAUGAAAUGAUAUUAAAAAUUUAUAGCCAAGUUAGGAAGUCACCUCCUAAGAGCCUGACACCCCGCUUUUCCUCAAAAGGAAAUCUGGGUGCAGAUGGAGUAUGGGAAAGGGUGAGGUGGGUUGGAGGUGAGCAGAUAAUGUGCUGAAUUAGGGACAUCUACAUGCCACAAAGGUUUGGUUGGUUGUUUCCCACAUGGCUUUGCACUAAUGUUAGCUUAGUUUUGUAUUGAGAAGGGGGAAUUACAGAUAAUGUUUUGCAUCCAUUUUCCAUCUCUAUCUGGGCUGAAAUAGAAUGUGAAAAUUUAGCUCCACCUGGUUGAUUGAUGGCUGAGAACCCAAAUGGCAUCUCCUUUGAACUAAAUGGGUGAUAAUGAAAUGAAGCUCAACAGCCUUCCUCUCAUAUGUCAUUGUCAGAUGAAAAAUAGUUCGCCUCUUAUACCAGCCUGGCGUCCUAGGCUGAAGCGGUUCCACGGCUGCCAUACCCCAGGAUUCCACUUGAUGGCAGUAAAGUCUCAGGGAUCAACCUGCUGGGCGUUGGUGCCUCUGAAAGGCAAACUCCUAAGGCCGCUUUGCUGUGAGGGGUGCAGGGCAGAACCACCGAGAGUCAGUGGGCUUGAGGCACAUGCACCCCAUUUUAAAGGGCUCAUACGGAUGAACUGUUUUUGUCUUCCCUCCCACCCUCUCUAAAGGAUUUGCUCUCAAAUCUUGUGUGCCAGAGAGUCAUUGCCUUUGGGUCUUAUUUUUGUAAAACUCUCCAACGUAUUUCCAGCUCAUUUGCAGGCAAUCUGGCAGCUUUAUAGAUAUUGGUUUCAUAUGCUAUUGUUAUUAAUAUCGACGCAUAUUUAUGCGGCAAGAACACUGGCCUUUUGUCAGGAACAGCAGCCAAGACAAAGGGCGCAGCAGUGAAAUCCUCAUCCCCCCCCCGGUGCACACCACGGGCUCCUUCUUUAUUUCUAGACUUGUCAUCACUGCUGAGGACUGAACGGCCCACCUGCUCUUUUCCUUCCUUGCCCACUUCCUUCUGUCGUGACCAGAGUUUGCAGGCUUGCCACUGCCCUAGCCCAAUCUGGAACAUGGAAUUAUUUCAGAGUUGGAGGGGGCAGCCUCAGAAACAUCUUUCUCAGGUGUUGACUGCUGAAAUCCAAGAUCUGGGAAAUCGGCCUCCAGCUUAUAGGCUGCAGGCUUUGGAAAAUCUGUGCCCCCACCUGUGGUGGUCAUUUCUGGAAUCCCUUCCACCCAGAGCAGACAGUACUUUGCCCCCCUGGCUUCAGAAUGUUCCCAGUGGUAGAUAGGUGCAUGGCCAACCCUGAUUUCUGCAACCUCCAGAUUGCUACUACAUUCUUGACCGUUCAGAGUGGAGCACUCGGUACCUAAAACGUUAGAGCCUGAGAAGGUCCCAGAACGUCUUGAGUUGGCACCUCACAGCCUUUAUUGCAGAGAGGAGGGAACUGAGGCCUAAUGUGAAGUUAAAACAGCUGGGAAAAUUUGUGGUUCGGUGCUCUUUCCACUGUCCCCACUGGUGUGGUCUGUUUUAGAUGCUUUUUCCCAAAGGGGGUACUUGAGUAAAGAAUCAAAUAAAAUGAUCAUGGUCAUGACAUAAUUGAAGCUUUUCCCUCAUUUUCCUUUGCCUCCCCAGUUGUUUUUUGCCUGAUUUCUUCUACAGUUGACUCUCCCCUCUGCCUGGAAGCUGUGGGGACAGACAGGGCCUGGGUGCAGAUGGACAUUUUCUGGUUUACCACAGGUCACUGUCCAGCAACCCCUGCACCAAAGAGGCCCUUGGCCCUUGGGAAAGUGUGCUGUCAAAGGUGGGAUUGGGAGACGAGGCCGAGUUCUUCACAUCCCCAGCCAGGCUAAUGAUCCUUCCACUUGCCGAGUCCCAUAUUGAGUCAAACAUCCAUAGGCAGCGUUCUUCUUUUCCUUUGUAUGGAGUCACAGCUCCCCGCUGGGGGCUUUGUCACCCCUCCCCCGUUGGCAAUCCCCCGUUGGCAAUCACUCACGUGGAGUUUCUGAGGGCAGAGUUCAGAGGCAGUCCUUGGGAAAACUUUGCAGCUAUCUGUUGUGUGUUUAAUGACCCGAGCUGCAUGUCUUAAGCAUCGGACCCGACCACACUCUUCGACAAGAAAGAAGAGAAGAGGAACCUUGAAUGGAAUUUGGUCACCACAGGUGCGACACCAGACUGCCUGGUCCCACCGGCUUCUAGUUCAGGUCCCCUUCUCUAUUAUGAUCUAUCAAUCCUGCUGGAUUUUUAUCAACUCAAAAACCACCCCUGAAAAGCCCAUGUAGCUAUGCCUGAGCUCUGGGCAUGAUGGGAGGGGUUAACACCAUGCCCUUUGAUAUGUAAAACCAUCUUUAUGUCUCUAAGAAGGAAUAAUUACAGAUCAACUAUUUUUCACCUACAAGAAACUGGAAUAGAAAAAGAAUAUAUUGAUUUUAGCAUGAUAUCUUUAUGAACAAGAUGGAAAAAUGCAGGGAUAAUGAUAAUAGAGUUAGGUGAGUCAUAAGUCAAAUAUUCAAGAAGAGGUCAUUUAUUGGGUGGCGGUCUCCAGUGGGUUACCUCGGGCUCUGUCUUUGGAUCUGUUUGGGUAACAUUUUUCUCAACCACUUGGACAGAAAUAAGGCCUGUUUAUCAAAUUUUAGGACACAAAAUUAGGAAAGACUGAAUAAUAAAACCAGAAUACAAAUGCAUUGUAAUAGGCUGGAAUAAAGAUUUUAAAUCAAGAA